AUGGAGAGCCAAGACCUGCGACGAGCCUGCUCAGAAAUCGCAAGCAAGCUGGAGAAACUCGUCAUCAUCGGCGGUGGCGGCAGCAAUCCACGCCCGGACGUCGUGGCCUCGAGCGCCGCCACGGCGGUGGCCGCCGGCUCCGACCAGCAGGUGGAGACGGUGCGCUGCGCGUGCUGCGGCGUGGGCGAGGACUGCACGGCGGCGUACAUCCGCGGCGUCCGCGCGUCCUUCUGCGGCGACUGGCUGUGCGGGCUGUGCGCGGAGGCGGUGAAGGAGCGGGUGCGGCGGCAGGAGCAGGACCCGGCGAGCGGCGGCGGCGUCGCGGCGGCGCUGGACGCCCACGAGGCCGAGUGCCGGGACUUCAACGCCACCACGAGGCUCAACCCGACGCUGUCCCUGGCGGGCUCCAUGCGCCGCAUCGCGCGCCGGAGCCUGGACCGGAGGACGGCGUCGUGCCAGGAGCGGAGGAGCAGCCUCGACGCGUCGGCGGACCGCGCUGCGGCGCUCACCAGGUCGGCCAGCUGCGACCCGCAGUUCCUCGGCGACGUGGUCAACGGAGCUGCCGCCGGCGGCGAUCGCUGGAGGUGA